AUGACUGAGAUUGUGGUGAGCCAAACGCCGCCGAUGCUGCACGGGCCCACAGAGAAGGAGAAAAAGUAUGACCGACAGCUCAGACUGUGGGCUGCCAGCGGUCAAGCAGCUUUGGAGUCCGCCAAUAUCCUGCUAGUCAACUCUGGCGCAGGCACCGUCGGCGUGGAAACCCUCAAGAAUCUCGUCCUGCCAGGUAUUGGAAAAUUCACCAUAGCAGAUGAUGCCCUCGUGAACGAAGCGGACCUAGGUGUGAAUUUCUUCCUUGACGAGAGCUCUUUGGGGAGACUGCGAUCCGAAUGCUGCACCAAGCUCCUCCAGGAGCUGAACCCAGAGGUUCAAGGGGACUGGUUCCCCAAGGAGAAGGGCCCCCUUGACCUUGCCAACGUUUUAGAGACCUCACCCAUCUUUACGCUGAUCAUAUACACCAAUCCUAUCCGAAAGGAGGAUCUCGCGACGAUCGAGGCAUAUAGCAGUCAGCACAGGACACCAGUCAUCUCCAUUCACUCCGCGGGGUUCUACUCUUAUUUCCGUAUAGCCUUACCUGGUACCUUCCCGAUUGUCGACACCCAUCCGGAGGUGGAGAAAACGGCAGAUCUCCGCCUUCUCAACCCUUGGCCAGAGCUUGUGGAGUUCGCGAAAGAAAUGACCAGAAACAUCGAUGCACUAGACGAUCAUGAACAUGGCCACGUACCAUAUGUUGUCAUCCUACUUCACUACCUGGAGCAGUGGCGACAGUCGCACAGUGGAGAGAAUCCCAAUGGCUUUAAAGAUAAGACAGAGUUCGGCAAAUUGGUGACAAGGGGCGCGAGGACUAACAACCCCGAGGGUGGCGAAGAGAAUUUCCAAGAAGCUGUUGCCGCUAUCAACAAGAACAUCAAGGCACCGGAGUUGGAGGCGGGGGUGGAGGAGGUGUUUAAUCAUCAAGUAUCCGAUGAGGCCGAACUCGAAUCCAUGUUCUGGGUGAUCGCCAGAGCCAUCAAACAGUUCUACCACAAGCAUGGCUGCCUUCCCUUGCCUGGAGCGUUACCCGACAUGAAGGCACAGUCGAGCGUCUACGUCAAGCUGCAGAGUAUAUACAAGGCAAAAGCUCGAAAAGAUGCACAGGAGGUGCUGGAGACGGUUAGAGCAAGUCCAGGUGGCAAAGACGUCGAUCCCACCGAGGUGGACCUUUUUUGCAAGAACGCUCGCUUCGUGAAGCUCAUUAAUGCAAAGCCAAGGCAGCUAAACCUCAGUCAGGUAUUCGAUACCGAGAAGGCAAGCGACGAGGAGGCGGAGGCUAUGAAAGUUGCAACUUGUGGUGCUUUUAGUCUACCGGCGUCCAACUUCUUCAUCUACCUGGCACUCACGGCGACCGCUCACAAUCCAGCAGCUACUGCUGAAGAGAUUGUGAGUACCAUCACCAACGCUGUACCUGAAGCAGCGGGACAUGAAAGGCUUUGGCAAGUUGCUCAGGAAGUUGCACGCGCCGGAGGAGGGGAACUCCACAACAUUUCCGCAAUCACUGGCGGUAUGGUGGCACAGGAGAUGAUAAAAAUCAUCACCAAGCAGUACAUCCCUAUCGACGAUACGUGCAUAUUCGACGGCAUCAGCAGCCGGUGCCAGGUACUUCGCCUGUAA